AUGAUUGACCCCACCUCCCUCCAUCCCCCGUCUAGCUGGUUUACUCAAGGAGCAGUCGAUGUCUACAGCAGCCGCUCCGUUGCCAUAGCUAAUUGCCACUUCUUUCACAAUGGACCGGUGGGUGUGGUCAAAACCGAUGAGCUCAGAGGUCAUGCAGCUGGCUUGUCUCUGGGCUACUCCAUCACAGCAGAUGAGGAAGAAAAUCUGACAGCCAUUGUUGAAAGCUGCGUCUUUUACAACAACUCAGCUCUGCUGGCUGACUCAUCAACGUCUGAAGCACUAAAUGACAGGGUUUUCCCCGGUAGAGGUGGUGGCUUGGCGGUCCUCGUCGACUCUGUCAACCACGGUUACCGUGGACGUUAUAAAUUGGCAGCUUUUUCCAACAAUUUCGCCACGGAAUUUGGAGGCGGAGCUUUUACUGAACUCUGCACCCUAUCCUCGUCCUCCAAUCACCUGAUUACAUUCCAGACAUGUGUCUUUGAUGAAAAUGGGUCCGAGACCCAUGCCGGUGGACUGGGGAUUGAGAUUUCGGGGAAUGGGAAUGGGACAGAGUCGAGUGGUGUCGUAAUCCGAGACUGCGUGUUCCGGGGCAACACUGCAGAGUGUGGUGGAGGGUCUUACCUAUUGUUUACAACAGGUGAUGACGUCAUUUUACAAUGGUCGCUAGGUUAA